CUCUACAGAGCCGUCUCCUCUCUCUUUGAUCUAUCCCUUUUAGGCGGCGCCUGUGACUGAGAGAGCCAGGGGGCCUUGGCUUUCUUUCUUCUCAGAUCGAGAGAUUCAGAGAGGAGUAGGCGAUGGGUCGUGUAAUUCGAGCACAAAGGAAGGGAGCAGGGUCUGUCUUCAAGUCCCACACACACCACCGUAAGGGCCCUGCUCGCUUCCGCAGCCUCGACUUCGGAGAGCGAAAUGGGUAUCUCAAGGGGGUUGUGACCGACAUCAUCCACGACCCAGGCCGAGGCGCCCCACUCGCCAAAGUCACCUUCCGUCAUCCCUUCCGAUACAAGCACCAAAAGGAGCUUUUCGUUGCUGCAGAGGGUAUGUACACGGGUCAGUUCGUCUACUGUGGUAAGAAGGCCACUCUGAUGGUUGGGAACGUUUUGCCUCUUCGUUCCGUCCCUGAAGGAGCUGUGGUCUGCAACGUUGAGCACCACGUUGGUGAUCGAGGUGUUAUCGCUAGGGCGUCUGGUGAUUACGCCAUCGUCAUCAGUCACAACCCUGAUAAUGACACCUCCAGGAUCAAGCUUCCCUCUGGUGCGAAGAAGAUUGUACCAAGUGGGUGCAGAGCUAUGAUUGGGCAAGUUGCUGGUGGGGGUAGGACUGAGAAACCCAUGCUCAAGGCAGGUAAUGCAUACCACAAAUUCAGGGUGAAGAGGAACUGUUGGCCAAAGGUUCGUGGUGUUGCCAUGAAUCCAGUGGAGCAUCCUCAUGGAGGAGGAAACCACCAACAUAUUGGACAUGCGAGCACAGUCCGCCGUGAUGCACCUCCUGGCCAGAAAGUGGGUCUCAUUGCUGCAAGGAGGACUGGUCGGCUUCGAGGUCAAGCUGCUGCCACAGCUGCUAAAGCUGAUAAGACUUCUUAGUGAGUUAAAAUAUUUUCUUUCAGGUCUUCAAUUGUUAUAUAUCCUUGGAACCUCUUCAGGAUACUUGUUUCAUGAGAGGAAGAGGCCAAUCGGUUUUUGAAUCUAUCCCCUUUAGAAGUUUUGUAGCGAGAGAUUUGCUUAGAAUUUUGAGAUAGUUGUGAUGUGCUGUAUAAGAAUUGAGUUGAUGUUUAAUGAAACACUAUUGGUGAUGUUGCUCAAA